AUGAGAAAUCGAAUCCAGAUGUCUGCUAUCAUCGAAUGCGCCAAGUGCAGCGCGAAUAGCAACAUGCGCGCAGCAAGAUACUAUGAAAAAGAGGAUAUCGGGAUUGAGCACGAUGUGGCUGACGCCAAGUGCGGCGCAGGACAAGUCCGAGUCGCACCGGCGUACGUAGGCUUUUGCGGUCUCGAUCUGCAGAAAUACCUCGGCGGCCCGAUCUUCGCGCCCACAACGCCCCAUCCAUCACCGGACGAAAAAGCGGUGCCGUUUAACCCAAACAUGUUGGUGUUCGGAGAGGCGAAAUAUACUGCAGCUCUCGGAUAUCAACGGGGGGGGGGGGGUCUCGAGGCCGUUAUUGAAUAG